CGACAGGACUUCGCGAGCUCCUCCCCAGGCAAAAACUUCGCGAGUUCCGGACUUCCAGAAGCGGAACCGUAAGACACACGCCUUGAUCGUCAGGUGUUCCCUGCGCUCCUUUACGCCUGCCCCUCCCGCGUGCCAUGAGCGCCUGCGCCAUUGUCGCGCGCUCGCCGCGCGGCGGCACGUGCGAGGUGGUGCACGGGCGACUGGACGUCUUCGACUCGCCGCGCUGCUCGCGCCUCGCCACGCAGGCGUGGGCGGGCCGCCGCCUCGUGCUCCUCACACCGCCGCCGCCCGCCGCUUCGGCCGCUGCUGCUGCGGGCGAGGCGGCUCUCGCGCCCUGCGCCCAGGCCCCCGUCGCCGCCGAGAGCGCGGCCGCGGGGGCGGACGCACCAGCGCUACCUGCGCCCUCCUCCGACCGCCGCCUUGGCCCUCCAGACCUCGCCGCCGCUCAACCUGGCUCUCGCGACGCACAGCAACCGUUAGGGCAUGACGUGGCACAGCGACCGUUGGCGUCUGACGUGGCACAGCGGCCGCUAGGGCCUGACGUGGCACAGUGGCCGCUAGGGCCUGACGUGGCACCGGACGCCAUUCCUAUCCGCCUGUGCGAAGACGCGUAUCCCGGGUGGAUAUCUGCUGCUGACGUGGCCAGAGGUGCCGUUUGUCGCCUUUUGGGCGGGCGAGAAACAGCAAAAGGGGAAGCGGACCAUGUGGGGGGGAGCGAUAUGGGCGGGAUAAGGGGAGGGGGAGGGGGAAAGAGUCAGUCGAGGGGCGGAGGAGGGGGGAGUGGCGUGCGGGCGGAGGGGCAAGGGGGCAUGGCGGGGCGGGGCGAGGCGGUGGUUGCAUUCGUGCAGGCGGCCGGGGCGCAGCGCAACGCGUACCUGUGGGGGGGCACCGUGGGGCCGCACUUCGACUGCAGCGGACUGGUGCAGCGGGCGUACGCAUCUGUCGGCAUGUGGGUGCCUCGGGACGCGUUCCAGCAGGAGGCCUUCUGUCACCCUGUGUGCGCGGCGCACGUCACCAAGGGCGAUCUGGUGUUCUUCGGCGCAUCACGGGCCACCCAUGUGGGCGUCGUCACACACGCCAGGCCAUGCCGGCCCCGCCACCACAGCCCCUUGCCCGUGGAGGUUAGCCCUCUGCCUGCCACCUCCUCCCACUGCUUCCGGUGUGCAUGCGAGCCCUCCGCCCCUCGUGCAUGCGGCGCGGUGCACGUGACGUUCAUCCAUAGCUCCGGCCGCGACCACGGCCACGACGGCAUCGCCUCUGACCACCUGCGCGUGAGGCUGCCAUGCCUGGUGACCAGUGCACGGCCCGCCUGUCGGGAGCCGCAUGUGCGUGUGGGGCAUUGUGAUGGGCGUGCGUGCAGUGCUGCUUUGAGGGGCUCAGGAGAUGGGGGGACGAGGGGCAGAGCGGAGGAGGUGCAGGCGCAGAGGCAGCAGCAGAGUUACGAGGCGCGGGGAGUGGCAGAGCAGGAGCAACGUGAGGAGCAGAGGCCGCUUGAGGUGGGGAGCAGCAUGCAGCAGGUGAUGCAUGGAGAGAGGGAGCGGCGUGUAGAAGAGGAGUGGCAGCGCGUGGGUGCAUGUGGCAGCAGCGCCAUGUGUGGGGGAGAUGAUGAGGCUGGGCUGUGGACGCUGGUGAAGCAGUGGACGCUGGUGAAGCAGUGGCGCGGGGAGAGGAGCGAGAGAGGGGGGGAAGGCGAGCCGAUCUGCGUGGCAGAGGGGGAGCAGGUGGGCGGGCAGGAGAGGGUAGUGGCGGUGAAGGCAAGGCAGGCAGCAGGGCAAGAGGGAGGCGUGGGGGGGGAGGUGCAUGCGGUGGGGCGCGUGGCGCAGCACUACGGCGCGGUGCUGAGGGGCUUUGGGCGCGUGGUGCAGGGGCUGCCCUCAUCGCUGCCGCACAUCCCCCCCCACCUCGUGCUCCCGCUCCAAGCGUAGCACCGCCCAUAUUUAAAGCAAUGCUGCUCCAGUUUUCUAUCUCAUGCGCGACACACACGUACGACUUUGACAAGCCACCGUCUGGGAUGAACUACCGUGAACGACCGGAUAUAACGUAAUCCCCGGAUAUAGGAAAUACCUAGCAGAUGGAAUGCGCUUGUAAUCGAAUAAAAAUUAUAAGCCCAGGGCUUAACUAAGGGAUUUUUAUGGAAAACGAAUUUGAGGACAAAAAAUC